CCCCACUUUCCGACGCAUCUCCGCCUCGGUGGCCAUAGUGUACUGUCCCACGCCGCCGAUACAGUCUCGCCCGUGACAGAGCAGCAGUUGCGCACGCUCGUCAACGAAUGGGGCCAGAUGUGGCGUGAAACCGUAUGUGAGGAUUGUCGUGACGACAGAGCGUUAAGCAUUCGCAUGCUCGUGAUUCCAAUGCUCGUGAAUCGUGGACGACGGCCGGGGUGGGGGCUGCUCCAGGCGCGCGUGCAUGUACGCUCCAGCUCCAUCCAGCACGGGCCGGAUGAGGCAAAGGUCCAGGCCCGAGGGCAAGUCGAGUUUGAUUGACCAAAAUUUUGGCGCGUCGCCGGAACGAGAUGGCGCUGAACGUCCUCGGGAUUGUCGUUCCACGUUGAGAACCGGGCAAGGGGGAGGAGAGAAGGGUGUCCCCCGGAGCAAUGACGGAACAAAAAGCAUGGCUGGCCGGGGCGAAGCGGCACCUUCUUGCCGUGUCUGAUUUUGCACACGACGGCCGAUAUGGUCUUUCCUUCCACGAUGUCAUUUAGGCGAUUGAGGCCGCGCCAACGUAGGUACUCUAGAUGCGCAGACGGACCGUAAGCUCAGGCGGUUGCCCCCAGUCGCUGGAAUGGCAUGUUGGAAUCCGCAGUGGCUGACUGAGUGACAGAGACUUUCCGC